CAAAUUGACGUGGCUUGGCUCCGGGACCGCUGUUGUUGCCCGCACUGCGUCAGUCCUUCCUCGGGCAACAAAUCCUUCUCUACCGCCGAAAUCCCAAGUGACAUUACCUUUCAGAGCGUCAAAGAAAUGCCAGAUGGCUCCCAUGAGAUUCGCUGGACAAACGACAUCCCGCGAGCUGCCGCCGUUGACCACGUCUCCGUCUUUCCAGCCACCGGCCACCAGAGUAUUGGGAGGUCAUUGACCGAAUCGCCAGCUCUUUUCUUCCAUCAUGCCCGUGUACAAGAGCCUUUUAGAUUCGAGUGGAACAGGGAAUCCCUCCUUGAGAGACUGGAGAGGAUCGACUACAAAGACUACAUGGAGGGAGGCCCGGCUUUCAGGUCAACCGCCCUCUCCCUCGCCAAGAUUGGGCUCGUUUUCCUCACCAACGUGCCCCAAACCGAAACUGCCGUAGCUGAUAUAGCUCUCAAGUUCGGCGCCGUCAAGGAGACGUUUUAUGGCCGCACCUGGGACGUCAUCUCUAAACCUGAUGCAGAAAACGUCGCCUACACCUCCUCUUACUUGGGCUUGCACUCGGACAUGCUCUAUCUCGAAUCGCCGCCUCGCAUACAGCUCCUCCAUUGCUUGGAGAACUCGUGCUCGGGGGGUGAAUCCAUCUUCAGCGACGCCUUACAGGCCGCUAGCUCAGUCGAAAAAUUCGUACCUGAUGGCUACGAUGCAUUGACCAAAUACUUGGUACCGUACCACUAUGAUAAGAAUGGUUUCUUCUACCGCCAAGCGCGACCCGUCAUCGCUGGCAGGAAUGAAAGAGACCGCGAGGUCUGGUGGUCCCCGCCCUUUCAGGCCCCUUUGCCGGGCAUGCGCGAUGAGACAGCCUCGGGAGAUUGGCAAACCUGGCUCGACGGGGCGCGCGCGUUCCAACGAAUCCUGGAACAAAGCGACAACGUGUACCAGUACAGGCUCCAGCCGGGCGAGUGCGUGCUGUUUGACAACCGGCGCGUCCUCCACGGCCGCCGGGCCUUUGACACAGCAAGUGGGCGCCGCUGGCUCAAGGGUACAUAUGUCGCCGACGAGGAUUUCCGAAGU